AUGAAAGAAGAAACAGCCCCUUCCACGACCAUCUCGACGGCCACCCAGACCACUGAUCCGGUUGAGCCGCAGUCCAUGUCGAGACAGACCCUCGUCACAGCUCCCGUCAAGAAUGACACGCCGACUACUUCGCCCACAUUCCAAAGCUCAUCCAAGACGCCGUCGCGGAGAGUGAUGCGAUUGAAGUGUCCCCUCUGCUCUGACUAUCCCGACGGCUUCCGGAGCGAGCAUGAGCUGCGCCGUCAUACCAAUCGCGUCCACAAGAAGACGCGUAAAGUAUGGGUGACCAUCGACACAUCGCCAGACAAGACCUUCCUCGCUAGUUGCAAGGCCUGCCAGACCGGUAAGAGGUAUAACGAAUGCUAUAAUGCUGCUUCACACCUCCGCAGGAUGCACUUCCACCCUCACAAGCGCGGCGAGAGGAAGAUGACGGCUGCAGAAGCGCGCAAGGGCGGCAAGGCUACAGAUCUGGAUCCGCCAAUGGAAGUCCUGAAAUCGAACUGGUUGCGGGAGGUAGAUGAAUUUGUCGACGGCGAUGAUGUGUCCAUGGACGAUGUGAGGAACGACUCACUGACCCAACCUCCAACGCUGCCACAACCACAGGCUCAGCAACAGCCCACCGGUGCGAAGGCCGACUCAAUAGCGCCGCCAACACCAACAACGCCCUCUAUCCGUUCAAUGGCGAUCGACAGCAUUGUAGAUAAGGUCGAUGCUGCUUGA